GGGGCUUCUUGGGGGAUUCGCCAGCCGGACAGGUGGGUCUGGUUUCUGCAUCACCAGCAGGGAAGGGUGAGUACCUGGCUUUGGUCAACAUCUUCCUCUUCAGACAGACAAGCGAAAAGCAUCUGGUACGAGAAAAAGAGGUUUUUAUGUUAAAUGAUUUCUAUUGGAGUCUCUGGGCUGUGUUUAGUACGAGGGAGGCUGCUACCUGGAUAAGGUUAACUGCCUAAGAUUGUUAAGAGUUGAUUUUUUCCUUCUGCUGCAAACUGCCUUCCGUAUGGCUGUUUUAAUUUGUUUCGUAUUUUUUUCUCCCAAAGACUGGGGAGGAGGGGACAGGAAAAUUAGAUCUGUUGCCAACAUAUUUGAGUAACGAAAAGAAUCACCGUUGAGAAAGACAAAUCCCCCUCACUUAUGAAAAUAGGAAAGGCAAGAAAAAAUAUCUCUUGUUUUGGUUCUGCUGAACUAAUGAGGGAGAGAGGAAAAAACUGCCUCCCAGCUCUAUAUCUGAGUUUGCAUGAAGGUCUAAAGAUGGCAAAAACUGACAAUGGCAUACGCAUCUGUCAGGGUCUAUUAAUCCUGGGGAAUGUGGUCAUUGGGAUGUGCGGUAUUGCCCUGACAGCAGAAUGCAUCUUCUUCGUGUCGGAUCCCCACGGUCUCUACCCAUUGCUGGAAGCCACAGAAAACAAUGACAUCUAUGCUGCGGCCUGGAUAGGUAUCUUUGUUGGCUUUGCACUCCUUGCUCUGUCUAUCCUCGGCAUCGUUGGAGUCAUGAAGUCCAGCAAGACUUUGCUACUGGUGUAUAUUAUUCUGAUGCUGAUCACUUAUGCAUUUGAAAUGGCUUCUUGCAUCACGGCAGCAACUCACCGAGACUUUCUUACUCCAAACCUCUUCCUGAAGCAAAUGCUGGAGAGGUAUAUGAAGUCAGAUACAGACAAUAACAAUGACAAACAGAUGACUGAAGGGGUCACAAAGACAUGGGAUAAUCUCAUGCUCCAGAACCAGUGCUGCGGGGUGCAUGGGCCCUUGGACUGGCAGGAGUACACAUCUGCUUUUCGGAUGACACACAACGACGCUGACUAUCCUUGGCCACACAACUGCUGUGUCAUGAACACCCGAAGUGAACCCAUCAAUCUUGAUGGCUGCAAGCUUGGAGUCCCUGGCUUCUAUAACAGCAAUGGUUGUUACGAUGCUAUUUCUGGGCCACUGAACAGGCAAGCCUGGGGUGUUGCCUGGUUUGGUUUUGCCAUCCUCUGCUGGACUUUCUGCGUCCUCCUCGGAACCAUGUUCUACUGGAGUAGAAUUGCAUACUGAAGGCUCAACAUCCUCAGCCUUGUCCUGAAGUACUCUAUGAAACUGCAUUCACUCGUCUCCUGCUCCAUUCUCCCUGUGCCACUGGGGACCCGAAGCUUUCCCACUACCUCUCCCAUAUUGCUUUAGUCCCUCAGAAAAUGUGACACACGAAUGUCACACACUUCUUGUACCUUCUUUGCCCCUUGUUCUGCUGUCUAAAUGUCUCCUGGCUGAGGUAAAACCCUUCUUUUGCUGUGUGAGUAAUCCUUGGAGCUAAGACAAGACACAAUCUUAUUUGUUCUGUGAUGGCAUCAGAGGAGAAAAUGUCCAUAUAUGCUUGCUGCAGAAAAGUCCCUCUCUAAAACUAGGCUGAAUGUAAAUCACAAUGCUAUAGGUUCUGGCAAGAACUGCCUGAGUAAAGCUGUAACCUCCUGUGACCAAUAAAGGUGGAUGCAGCAAGGGAGAAGACUGCAGAACUCUCUAAUAUAUUUUAUCUUUCAACUUCUGUUCCUGGUCUCCGUCACUCCUUGCCUCAGAGUAAGGAAGAUUUUCUAAGAGUUUAAACGUGUCAGCAGCAAAGACAUAUCACAGACGAAAAGUCUGCUGCUAGCCAAGCUCAAUGAAAGACUAGCUCACUCCUCUGCAAUGUGCUGCCUGUGUUCAAGCCUACCUUCUGUCCAUACGAAAUUACUGCUUCUUCUCUACUUUCAGAAGCACCAGACGAUGAAAAAUUCCACAAGCAACUCCAUCAAAAUCUGCACGUGCUUCACACAAGAUUUCACUAGAAUAUGUGCAGAACACAAGGGGUCCUCUGCUGCAGUUGGCUUUGUGGCAGGGGCUGUCCCGCACCCCUCAAUCACCCUGCUGUCCACACAGCUGUGCUCGUGUCCCCUGUGCACUCCCCAUCCCACAUCCCCAGAUCAGGAGGCCAGGCAGCAAAAAAAUGGCAACAAUCAUGUGAGAAAUGCCAACAGGGUGCUCUCCGAACCAAAUCCAGUCAGUUCAACAGUGGUGGUUUACUUCAGCACAGGCUGAUCUGGUGUCUUUCCAAAUGAAUGCUUCAGUUACACGUUCGUGUAAGCAUCCUCUGGGGUAGAGCAUUUUAAGGUGUGCCGUCUCAGACUGUGACAGUUUACCAGCCACAGUCAUUCCUCGUUUUUGUAUAUUUGCCAAAAAUGAUAAUUAAAAACAAGUGGAAGUAAAGAA